UGAUCAAGUGUUAUGGUAAACCAUGGUCAAGAUUUUGGUUACAAUCUAAUGCCAAUCUUUUCAACUGAGGCAGUAUUUGUACGCAGCUCAAUAAUAAAUGCUGCCUGAAAGUCUUGACUUAGGAAAAACAAUAAAUCACAACCUAUAGGAAAAAGAACCCAUGUUUGUAGUCCACUCUGCCGUUUGACAGUGGUGCUAGCCAUCAGCAAAAGGAUUUAUAUGGUCGUGAUUUUGGGGAUCAAUUAAAUGUAAUCGAGCUAUUGAGUUAAUUUUAAAUCUGAAACGUUAAAUCUGAAGAAGAUGCAGGAUGACGCGCGCUACCUUAAACGCAAAGUGACUGCUGGCAGUUUAGAUGUCCAUCCCACAGAGAAGGCCCUUGUGGUCCACUAUGAGGUGGAAGCGUCUAUACUGGGAGAGGGUGGAGGUCAUGUGCUGGGCGAACGAAAGGAGGGACAAAAAAUCAUCCGAGUGAAGAGUCUUUCUCCUAGUACAGAUGUGGGAGCUUUGGCCAGGAAAGUGGUGGAGGAGUGUAAACUCAUCCCUUCUUCCCGUUUGCCCCAGGUGGAGCAGCUCCUCUACUACUUGCAGAACAGGAAGUCAUCUCCCGUGGAGGGCAAAAUGGAGAAGAAAGAGAAAAGAACUGCGAAACCUAGGGAGCUGACUCCCUUUGAAGGAAUGGAGUUAAAUGAGGAAGCCAGUAUAACCAGAGUGGAUGAGUAUAUUGAGCUGCUCUAUGAAGGCAUCCCAGAGAAGAUCAGAGGCUCUGCUCUCAUUCUGCAGCUCGCCCGCAACCCUGAUAACCUGGAGGAGCUGCUACACAAUGAGGCAGCCUUAGGUGCUCUGGCCAGAGUAUUGAGGGAGGACUGGAAACAGAGUGUUGAGCUUGCUACCAUCAUCAUUUACAUCUUCUUCUGCUUCUCCAGUUUCGCCCAGUUUCACGGAGUGGUGAGUCAUUAUAAAAUAGGUGCGUUGUGUAUGAGCGUGGUGGAGCAUGAGCUGAAGAGACAUGAUGUGUGGCGUGAGGAGCUACGCAAGAAAAACAAGGCUUGUGAGUUGGCACCAGAGAAUGGCUCCCUAAGAAGAGACCAGGACAAAGCUGUGAGAAAAUACCAUGGCCUUCUGUCCAAACAGGAACAGCUGCUCAGAGUGUCUCUUUACCUCCUGUUGAACCUUGCUGAGGACACUAGGACGGAGCUGAAGAUGAGGAAUAAAAACAUUGUCGGUCUGCUCGUCAAAGUUCUUGAACGGGAUGACGAGGAGCUGCUGGUCCUGGUGGUUUCAUUCCUCAAAAAACUGUCCAUCUUCCUGGAGAACAAGAAUGACAUGGCUGAGGUGGAUACUGUGGAACGAUUGGCGCGUCUUGUUCCCUGUGACCACGAAGACCUGCUGAACCUGACUCUGCGUCUGCUGCUCAACCUCUCCUUUGACUCUGGACUCCGAGCCAAGAUGGUGGAAGUUGGACUGUUACCUAAAUUGACUGCCUUGCUGGGUGAUGAGAACAACCGUCAGGUAGCCAUGCGUAUCCUGUAUCACAUCAGCAUCGACGACCGCUUUAAGGGCAUGUUUGUUUACACUGACUGCAUACCUCAGCUAAUGCAAAUGCUGUACGAGCACGGUGAGGAGGAAACCGAAGCUGAGCUCAUCUCCAUCUGCAUCAACCUGGCUGCAAACAAGAGGAAUGCACAAAUCAUGUGUGAAGGAAACGGGUUGAAGAUGCUCAUGAAGAGAGCUCUGAAGAUGAAAGACUGCCUUCUGAUGAAGAUGAUCAGAAACAUCUCACAACAUGACGGACCAACCAAAUCAGUGUUCAUAGACUAUGUCGGUGACCUGGCAGCAGAGAUCCGUGCAGAGGAAGAGGAGGAGUGGGUCCUGGAGUGUCUGGGCACGCUGGCCAACCUCACCAUCCCUGACCUGGACUGGGAGUUGGUGCUGAAGGAGUACAAUCUGGUACCCUACCUAAAAGACAGACUUAAACCAGGCUCAGCAGAGGAUGACCUCAUCCUGGAGGUGGUGAUAAUGAUCGGAACAGUUUCCAUGGAUGAUGCGUGUGCCGCCAUGUUGGCUAAAUCUGGCAUUAUUCCUGCCCUCAUCGAGCUACUGAAUGCCCAACAGGAGGAUGAUGAGUUUGUGUGUCAGAUCGUCUACGUCUUCUACCAGAUGGUGUUUCACCAAGCUACACGAGACGUCAUCAUCAAAGACACCCAGGCUCCAGCCUACCUCAUAGAUCUGAUGCAUGACAAGAAUGCCGAGAUCAGAAAAGUGUGUGACAACACCCUCGAUAUUAUUGCUGAGUACGAUGAAGAGUGGGGGAGGAAAAUUCAGUCAGAGAAGUUCCGUUUCCAUAACAACCAGUGGCUGGAGAUGGUCGAGAGUCGCCAAGCUGAUGAGUCUGAACCCUAUCUCUACGAUAACGACAACGACAGGACUGAUCUCUUCUAUAGCGCGGAUGGAAUAACUCCAGCAGACGGUUCAGUCAGCCCAGAUUUCUUCAAUGACCUACAGCCUCAAAAUGGAGACCUGCUCCAUACAGGAGAUGGCAACGAUGUCUUUGACCAGACCAGCUCAUCCCCUGGACGACCAGCUACUGCCUAUGGCUUCAGACCUGAUGAACAACCCUUCUACCAGUACUCGUAGUCACACACACAGGACGUCCUGUCAUCUUAGAUCCAUUCCCCCCAUCCACCUCCUGCAUGUCUACUGUUACAUCUAUAGAUUUAAUUUUCACUGCUAGAAUCCCCCAUGACUGAAGGCAUCGCAUUGGUAUAGUUACUAAAGCUGCAACUUUUAGUCCCAGGGACAACUUUUCAAGGAACCAAUAGAUUCCUUCAGCCCAUUGGUGUCUGCGUUUCUGCCGCGUUAAAGGCUAAAGACCCGUGAAGAGUAGGCAAAUUAGUCUGUUGACGUACGAAAAAGCAACGUGAAGGGACGAGUGCUGCUGGUGGUCACAGGGGUGAACAUACUCUCUCAUUCACAGCUCUGUGCCGUGCAGCCUCUCUUUUUGCCUGCCCGAGCUCGACACACUAGUCUCCGCUGCCGGCUGUUCAGUGUGCCCGCUCGUUCGUGUGAUCUCUCUCUCUCGUCUUUUUAUAAUCAAACAUGCAAAGAGAAAUGUUCUGCCCUCAUCCUAAAAUUGCCUUAAAUCAAUACUAGAGUACUUCCUUGAUUUAUUAAUGAAGCGGUUGACCAAGCAGGGACGGUCAUCCCUGCAAACCCCACCUCGAACGUUUCUAUACUUUCAGAAAGCACUACCCUCCAGUCAGGGACUUUUUGAGGGGGUAAAAUAAUGUCCAUACUUAUGGAACUUAAUUGAAUCCCUGGUCCCUGCGGGCUAAACACAAUGAGUUUCUCAGAAGGUUCCUGGUCCCUGCGGAAAUGUUCCUGCGGCCUAAAACCCUAAGACAUUGAUCAUAAAGGCUGAAAUACAAAAUACUAAUGAGGACUGAAACGCUACCACUGCAGAUUGAACUAGUUAUUACACUUUUCAUUACCCAUUUUCAUUACCCAUUUCAUUCAUUCACCAUUAUAUUAGACAGAUAAGUAGUUGUCUUCCUUACCCACUGGCUACAGACUUCUUAUAGUGAGUUGCCAGUGGGUCAGCAAAUAAUUUAAAGAAUGUGAACAGGCUUAACAUUUCUAAUAUAUGUUGAUACGUUUUUGCAUGUUUUCCUAUGUAAUAAUGAACAUUUGUUGCCUCUUCAAAUCCA